CAGUACAUUAGAAGUAUAUUUUUUUUUAAAAAAGGUCAGAGGUCAGUUUUUGUCGUUUCAGUGCGCAUGCGCACAUUUUCAACAUGGCGGCUCCCGUGAAGUUGCAAUGUCUUGAUGACUUUCCAACACAUAUUCAUCCACUACAUGUGAUUAUCAACAAAACACAAUUUACUCAAAAGUUCCCGGACUACACUGGAUCCACAUACGCGUUGUUAUUGUCUCUGAUGGACCAGCAGUCCCCCUGUAAUCGGGGCUUUUUGGUGUGCGCUCACGCGACUCCGGAGGAAGAGACCGAUGUAAACAUUCCCACGUGUCUCGCUGUUUACGUGAGCAGAUCUUUCCUUAAACACUACGGACUGAAGGAGCACUCGCAGGGAAUGGUUCGCCCACAGUCUCUGCUGCCUUUAAAAAAGAUUGUGAUCGGGGCUCGGACGAAGCAGAGCUUUAAAUGGGCUUCUUCAGAGAAGUUCUCCAAUGCUCUGCUGAUCCUAGCCUCCUGUCAUGGACAGACUCUGCUGGCGAGGCAAGGCGACGCGCUUCUGAUCCCCUACCAUCAUUUACUGGGGGAAGAAGCCUCACAGGUGCAGCAGUACCUGUCGGAGGUGAUGGUGCUGGAGUGCACCCCUGUCAGUCAGGGCAGGAUAACAGUGGAAACUAGUGUGGUGGUGUCAGACUGCAGAGAUCUGGACCUGACCAACACCAGCAGCACGAGCAGACUGUCCGCUUCCUCGCUCUUUGUCUCUGAUUUUGCCCAGUACGCCAGUAGCUUGAGUUCUGGCAGCUCUUUGCUGAACAGCAGAGUGUUGGACUUCAGUGCUUUCUUGCAGGCUCUUGAAUGCAGACUUGAUGUGCGUGUGGUAGACGUCUCAAAUCUCCAGAAACCUGGAGGAAUUCUGUCUAGACUAGAGCAGAAUGAAGGAUUGGAUGUCGACAGCACUAUUUUUGUGCACAAGAGCUUGUUACUGAAGAUGGGUUUGUUUAACGGGGAGUGGGUCAUUGCAUCAAUCCCAGCAGACAAGGUGAAGAAGACCCCUUUGAGUCCUGUCCUCGGUGACCGGGAGAGUAGCUGUUCAAUUCCCUUUAAGAAGCAGGGACGUGUUCAUCUGGUUGCAAUCAGAGCUUUUGAAUCAGUUAGACAGCAAGACAUGGAUAUGAAUGACAAUGUGGGCUUCAUUUCACCGGUUCAGUGGUUUAACCUGGCAGACGGGAUGGAAGUGCCUGUCGGAAAUAAGACCAUCAAAAUUAAGAGGUGGAAUAAGGAAUCGUCUGAGGCUGGGUCUCAGAUCUCCGUGAGCGCGUGUCGAUGUGCAGCGCCGCCGUUUGCUAAAGAGCUGCACAUCGAAGCCGUCGUAUCUCCAGACUACAACUCCCAUGGGCCCUUCGACAGCAUCCUCUACAAGCACUUCAGCACACCCAGGCUUGUUCAGCGGGGGAGUAUAUUGGGAAUCCCGUCAGAAGGACAUCCUGAUCUGAUAGAGAACAGCUCUGAAGGAAUCCUCAGGUGGCCUGUGCUGUAUUUCAGAGUGAAGCAGGUGUGCGGUUUCUCCGCUGAGGAGGAAGAGGUUUCUUCAUAUCUGGCUGAUUCUAGUCACACUUCACUAUACAUGGGAGGCUCCGCCCACAGCCGGUCUCCCUGCUCUGUGCUGCAGAAGGGUUCAUCUUUCUGGACGAGUCUCUGUCCCCCGGGUCUGUCCAGCACUGUGGAGCAGCUGCUCACUAUCAUUCAACCUCACUUCAGCGAAAGCUCUCUAACAUUAAAGAGAGGCUGUUCUGUUCUUCUGAUGGGUCCCAAUGGCAGUGGUAAAGUCACGGCCGUAAGAGCAGCUAGCAGGAGGCUGCAUCUGCAUCUAAUCAAGGUGGAUUGCGUCAGUCUCUGUGCAGACACUGCAGCUGCGUGCGAGGUGAAGAUGAAGUCUGUCUUUGAGAGAGCGGAGCUCCAUCACCCGUGUGUUCUGCUGCUGAGAAACCUGCAGCUGCUCGGCCAGUCGCGGGACGGCCCUGAGACCGACUCCAGGGUCACGUCCACCCUCUGCCAGCUCGUAGCAGCUGCUCACGCCAGUGUGGUGGUGGUGGGGUCUGUGAGCAGCCAGCGAGAGCUGUCCUCAGAUGUGAUGGCAGCGUUUGUGCACCAGGUGACGAUAGAGAGUCUGUCCGAGGCGCAGCGCAGGACGAUGCUGUCCAGCCUCAGUGAGGACCUGCUGUUGGGAAAAGAAGUCAAUCUUGGCCAGAUUGCCAAAAAGACUGCUGGUUUUGUUUUAGGAGAUCUUUGUGCACUUCUUACCAGUGCUGGGAAAGCCGCUCACAGACGACUUCUGCAGAUAUAUUUUCCAGAAGCGGCGAGUGAACAGGAAGAGGAGGAUCUGUGUGUCUCUGGGGUGAGCGUCACGUCUGAGGACUUCAGCGCUGCUCUGGACGUCCUGCAGAAGGCGCAUUCACAAGCCAUCGGAGCCCCAAAAAUCCCGUCGGUCAGGUGGCAGGACGUCGGUGGACUGCAGCAGGUUAAGAAGGAGAUUCUGGACACGAUUCAGCUUCCUCUGGAGCAUCCAGAGCUGCUCUCGCUGGGGCUGCGGCGCUCCGGACUGCUGCUCUACGGGCCGCCUGGCACCGGGAAGACCCUGCUGGCUAAAGCCGUCGCCACCGAGUGUACCAUGACCUUCCUCAGUGUGAAGGGUCCUGAACUCAUCAACAUGUACGUUGGUCAGAGUGAAGAGAACAUUCGAGAAGUGUUCAGUAAGGCCAGAACCGCUGCUCCCUGUGUUAUUUUCUUUGAUGAGCUGGACUCUUUGGCUCCUAAUAGAGGACACAGUGGGGACUCAGGAGGGGUGAUGGACAGGGUUGUGUCACAGCUUUUAGCAGAGCUGGAUGGUCUUCAUUCGUCUGGAGAUGUCUUUGUGAUCGGAGCAACUAAUCGCCCAGAUCUGCUGGACCAAUCCCUGCUCAGGCCUGGCAGGUUUGAUAAGUUGGUGUAUGUGGGAGUGAACGAAGACAGAGAGUCUCAGCUGCAGGUUCUGAAGGCAGUCUUGCGCAGGUUUAAAGUGGAUCCCAGCGUGUGUCUGUCGGAGGUCGUGGACUCCUGUCCUCCUCAGCUGACCGGAGCCGAUCUCUACGCGCUCUGUUCGGACGCCAUGAUGUGCGCCAUCAAGAGGAAGAUUUCACGAAUCACUGAAGGUGUGGAUUCGGAGGCCAGCGCUCUGAUUCUGUGUUCAGAAGACUUCAGACAGGCUCUGGCAGGUCUUCAGCCAUCCGUCUCUGAGCAGCAGCUCAACAGAUACAAGCUCAUCCAGCAGAAAUUCACCAUAAAAUAACAUCCCAAACACUCGACCAUCUGAAAUCAUUCCUCUGGUGGGACCUUCUGAAGCUCAAGGUUUUGCACUGUGUCCAAACCAGACCCAGGGUGAUGAAGCUACUCUCAUUGGUCCAUAUAGCUGAAUAAUAAAUGUCAAAUAUCGUCUGAUUGGCUGUGCUUGUUUUAUAUUGCACAGUAGUUUCACCUUCAU